CGUUCACAACGCAACCGAGAGAACCUCCGUCGUUGCUGCUGCCACUCGACAGCAUUCGGUCUUCGGUGUGCGCGCGUUCGGUCUACAAUAUCACACACUGUCAUACACGUACACACCACUCGUACUCUCGCUCACACGUCUCAACACAUACACACAAAAAACAUACACGCGUUUCGAAAUUUUUUUUUUUUUAAUUUUAAUAUCCUCGAAAAUCAUACUUUUUUUUUUAUAUAUUAUAUCGUACGAGGAUAGGUUUGCCGAGCGCACCGAUACCGUCGGAAUAAUAAUAUUAUAUACUUGCGGUACAUAAUAAUAUCGAUACUGCGUACUGUUGCGACGAUUACCGAAGUCUCCGCGUGCCCUUCCGUCGUUACCGGAACUCGGUACUGUAUAAAUCGGAAUUUCGAAAGUUCGCGUUUGGUUCGUUGUCGUCGUCGCCGUCGCCGUCGCCGUCGCCGCCGCCGUUGCCACUGCACGAGUUUAAAAGAAAAUAGUACAUCCCUUUGAUCGAACGCUUAUACUUACGGACAUGAAACGGGCUGAACGGUGAUGGGGAAUGUCCGAUAUCAAAUCGACGGACUGUGAUACUCGAACGGCGGUGGAGGAGGUGGAGGAGGAUAGUCUUCAGAACGCCUGCAGCAGUAUUGAAGUGGCCAAUAUGCGAGUGGCCACGCCGUACUUAUGUGCUCUGUACGUGGCCACAGCGGGCCACCAGGGCAACCUGCUCGGGUCAGACGAACAGGAGAUUGUCUUGCUCAUAUACGUAGUGGUCGACAUGACAACCAAUACUAUCAUUGGCAUCCAGCAAUAUUUAGUGAAACCGACCGAAGUCGACCAAAACGAAAACAUGCUAUCCGACCAAGUCACAUCGGACAUAGGUAUCACCGAGAAAAUGGUCAAAGCUUCAGGCAUUCCUCUACACGAUGCUAUCGAAAAAUUCGACACUUACGUCAAGUCACUGAAUAUUGAACCACAAGCGCCUAUGUUUCGAAUAGUUACAGAUGGUCAACUUCCGAUCCGGCAAUGCUUACAUCGGGAAGCUUCUAUAAAAGACAUCGAACUACCCGAAUAUUAUAACGUAUUCCAUGACCUCCGGAAAGAUUUUUCCAAAUUUUACAAUGCACCCCAAGAUCAAACAUUCAACUCAAUUACAGAUCUGGUUAAUUAUCUAGAAAUAACUCAUGAAGUUGAUUCUCAAUUCUACGUAGCUGAGGUCAAGGAUAUGGUUAACAUUGUCCAAAGGCUCAUAGCUGACGGCCAUACGUUCAAUUCGCCGGAAAUCGUUCAGCUAAAACUCGAACCUGGUAUUUGCUGGAAAAAUGAAGAAGUAGAUAACAAUUGUGUAGUCAGAGCUAGAGGUCUUCCGUGGCAAUCAUCUGAUCAAGACAUAGCCAAGUUUUUCCGCGGUCUAAAUAUUGCCAAAGGUGGUGUGGCAUUGUGUUUAAGUGCGCAUGGUCGUCGCAACGGUGAGGCAGUUGUGCGUUUUGUAAACCAAGAGCACAGAGACAUGGCUAUGAAAAGACAUAAGCACCAUAUUGGUAACCGUUAUAUUGAAGUAUACAAAGCCAAUGGUGAAGACUUCAUAAAUGUUGCUGGAGGUAAUAGCAGUGAGGCACAAGCUUUUCUGACCAAGGGUGCUCAAGUAAUUGUACGCAUGAGGGGUUUACCUUAUGAUUGUUCAGCCAAAGAUGUUAUUACUUUCUUUGAAAAUGGUGAGCAAACUUGUUCAGUAAUGGAUGGCGAAGAUGGUGUUUUAUUUGUUAAAAAACUUGAUGGGCGUGCAACUGGUGAUGCAUUUGUACUUUUUGCUGAUGAAGAAGAUGCUCCUAAAGCACUUAGUAAACACAGGGACCUUAUAGGUACAAGGUAUAUUGAAUUAUUUCGAAGCACAACAGCUGAAGUUCAACAAGUUUUGAAUCGUGCAAUGGAUCCAACUGUGCGAUCAACAGCUAGUGAUAGCAAUGGUAACAUCACAACACCAGUUACAACAACAGCUGGUAUGAAUAAUUCGCCUACUGCCCUUCUUGGGCAUGUGCCAUUGCUACCAUUGCCUCAACAUGUUAUCACUAGUGGCACACGAAAAGACUGUAUACGCUUACGUGGACUACCAUACGAAGCAAAUGUAGAACAUAUACUUGAGUUCCUUGGAGAACAUUCCAAAAAUAUUGUAUUCCAAGGAGUACACAUGGUUUACAACUCUGUGGGUCAUGCAUCUGGUGAAGCAUUUAUUCAAAUGAACAAUGAAGGCAGUGCUGCUCAAGCAGCUAUGGCUAAACACCACAAUUACAUGUCUUUUGGUAAAAAACAACGGUAUAUUGAAGUUUUCCAGUGUUCUGGUGAAGAUAUGAACCUUGUGUUGACUGGCGGAGGAGCUGCUACAGGAGCUUUAUCCCCAGUAGCUGCCAAAUCGCUGUUAUCACCACCUGGUGGACCUCUGAUGUCUUCGCCGCCAUUCCCACCACCGACAUCGAACUUUUCUCCGUUCUCAGGACCUCCACCGUUGAUCGGUCACCAACCGCCACCGUCACUGGGCGCUCCGUACCCGCAGCCAAUUAUUUACUGGCCGUACCCGUCGCCUCCCAUAUCACCACAACACCAACCGCCCGCUUUACUCAUCAUGCAGGGCACUCCGCCGCCAAUGGCGCCCCCGCCGCCCGUGGACAUGUGCAAUCUUAUACACUCCGUAUCCGAGUGGAACAUUGAUUACAUGCAACAGAAUCCUCAAUUCUGCACAAUGAACGUCCGAUGGGCAUGCACUCGGCUGCGGCUUGACGCGGGAUACGACGGUCGGCGGCAAUCGUGCAAUCGACAUACCGGCACCGCCACCACCGACGACCUGAAACAACCGUCGACGUACGGUUUGGCCAACAAGACCAAGUCAACAGUCUAGAGUACAAUCGGCCGUGUACUUAACGUGUUUAUAUAUAUAUAUAUAUAUAUAUAUUGUUUGUAUUAUACACAUUUGUGUAAUAUUGUCGAUAACAUUUUUUCUAUAUUAGAUUUAAAACAAACUACUUUAGAAAUAAAAAGUAGAGUGAAUACAUAGCAAUUUGUACAGUCGGUACAUUUAUAAUGAUAGUAAAUUUUACGCAUUACAACGCUCAGCCAACAAAUAUCAUAGUCGUCUUCCACGCGCGUAAAAAUCGAAAAAAAGUUUUUAAAAAACUCGUGUAAUAUAAUAUACCCCGCGUUAUCGUUUUAGAAGUACGUAAUGUUUUAUUAUGUAAUAUGUUAUAAUAGUUACGAUCGAUGUUUAUGAGUUAUUAUACAUAUUAUAUACUGACGUAUAGUUUUCCAAGUGAUUUUAGUUAAUUUUACCAAUUAAGUAUUUUUUUUCUUUUUACAAAUCUUACUUGUUUGUUUGAUUUAUAUUUGUACAUUAUUAUUCUCCGAGUAAUAACACCGCCCUCUCGAGUCGUUUUAUUUAUAUAUAUAUUAUUGUUAAUAUUUAUUCGUAUACCUACAUUUGUGUGCCUAUGAUGAUCAUUAUACCGUGUACACGUUUUAUGAACGGCGUCUACUGCUUGCGCACACGCCACCGCAUCGAUCGACGUACACAACGCAUUCCAUUAGUAUUUCAAAAAAAAAA